UCCGGGUCUCCUUGCUGGCCCUGCUUCUCUCCCAUAAUUCCUUUCGGGGAGCUGCGGGCUAGCAGCGAUUCAAGAUGGCGGCGGACAGUGAGCCGGAGUCGGAGGUCUUUGAAAUCACGGAUUUCACCACCGCCUCAGAAUGGGAGAGAUUUAUUUCCAAAGUUGAAGAGGUUUUGAAUGACUGGAAGCUUAUUGGUGUGUCAUCAGGCAAACCUUUGGAAAAGGGUGCAUAUACCACUGAAACAUGGGAGGAAAAAUCGGAUGAGAUUGCUUUUGCUGAUUUUCGUUUCUCUGUUACACACCAUUACCUUGUGCAAGAAUCAAAUGACAAGGAUUCAAAAGAAGAGCUAGUGGAAGAUGUACUUCCAGUUUCUAUGCAAGACCUUCUCUGUAUGAACAAUGAUUUUCCUCCCAGAGCUCAUUGCCUAGUAAGAUGGUAUGGUUUGCGUGAAUUUGUAGUUAUUGCACCAGCAGCAAAUAAUGAUGCAGUUCUUAGUGAAUCCAAGUGUAAUCUUCUCUUGAGUUCAGUUUCUAUUGCUUUGGGGAACACAGGAUGCCAGGUGCCAGUAUUUGUGCAGAUUCAUCAUAAAUGGCGAAGAAUGUACAUAGGAGAGUGUCAAGGUCCUGGAGUCAGGACAGAUUUUGAAAUGGUUCAUCUUCGCAAAGUGCCCAGUCAGUAUACUCAUUUGUCAGGACUCUUGGACAUUUUCAAAUCAAAGAUUGGCUGUCCAUUAACUCCAUUACCUCCGAUAAAUAUAAGUAUUAGACUUACAUAUGUACUUCAGGAUUGGCAACAGUAUUUCUGGCCUCAACAGCCACCAGAUAUUGAUGCUUUAGUUGGAGGAGAAGUUGGAGGCCUUGAAUUUGGAAAGUUGCCAUUUGGUGCCUGUGAGGAUCCUAUCAGUGAACUCCAUUUAGCAACUACAUGGCCUCAUCUAACAGAGGGCAUAAUUGUAGACAAUGAUGUUUACUCAGACUUGGAUCCUCUUCAAGCACCUCAGUGGUCCGUAAGAGUUAGAAAAGCAGAUAAUCCACAGUGCUUAUUGAGUGAUUUUGUUACUGAAUUUUUCAAAGUCUGUCGCCGGAAAGAAUCAACUGAUGAAAUUCUGGGAAGAUCAGCAUUUGAAGAGGAUGGAAAAGAUGCCGAUAUAAGCCAUGCUUUGUCAAAGCUCACGGAGCCAGCACCAGUCCCAAUCCAUAAACUGUCAGUGACAAAUAUGGUUCACACUGCCAAGAAAAAGAUUCGUAAACACAGAGGUAUAGAUGAGUCACCAUUAAAUAAUGAUGUCCUCAAUACUAUUCUUUUGUACUUAUUCCCCGAUGCUGCUGAUAAAUUAACAGAUGUAUCUGAAGCCCGAAGAAGUACAUCGGCAGGAAGCCUUCCUCCCCCAGACAAUGAAGACUAUAAUCUCUACAUUCAGUUCAAAUCGGCUCCUUCAGACAGCCUCACUUACAAAUUGGCUCUCUGCCUUUGUAUGAUCAACUUUUACCAUGGAGGGGUCAAAGGAGUUGCACAUCUCUGGCAGGAAUUUGUCUUGGAAAUGCGCUUCAGAUGGGAAAACAACAUCUUCAUCCCAGGGUUAGCCAGUGGUGCUCCAGAUCUGAGAUGUUGUUUACUGCAUCAGAAACUCCAGAUGUUAAAUUGUUGCAUAGAAAGAAAGAAAGCAAGAGAUGAAGGGAAAAAAGUAAAUUCUGGUGAUACUGGAAAACCUGACGGUUCAAAAGAAGGUGAUAAGGAAAAAGGAGAAGUAGGAAAAUCUUGGGAAUCGUGGAGUGACAGUGAAGAUGAAUUUUUUGAAUGCCUGAGUGACACAGAGGAUCUUAAAGCAAAUGGACAAGAAGGUGGAAAGAAAGGGAUCCCAAAAGACGGCAGCAAAGAGACUAUAUCGUUAAAGCCAGAAGGCCGUCUACAUCAACAUGGCAAUUUGACUUUGCUUCAUCCUGGAGACCCUCUCUAUGUUCCAGUUACACAGGAACCAGCUCCUAUGACUGAGGAUCUGUUAGAAGAACAAUCUGAAGUGUUGGCUAAACUGGGAACAUCGGCAGAAGGAGCCCACCUCCGUGCUCGCAUGCAGAGCGCCUGCUUACUCUCCGACAUGGAAUCUUUUAAGGCAGCCAACCCUGGUUGUUGUCUGGAGGACUUUGUGAGGUGGUAUUCCCCUCGGGAUUACAUUGAAGAGGAAAUUGUGGAUGAAAAGGGGAACAUGGUCAUUAAGGGUGAGCUGAGCGCCCGAAUGAAGAUUCCCAGCAACAUGUGGGUUGAAGCCUGGGAAACCGCAAAGCCAAUACCAGCAAGAAGGCAGCGGCGGCUCUUUGACGACACUCGCGAGGCGGAGAAGGUGCUGCACUAUUUAGCAGUUCAGAAACCUGCUGACCUUGCGAGGCAUCUUCUGCCUUGUAUCAUCCAUGCAGCUGUACUCAAGGUAAAGGAAGAAGAAUCCCUAGAAGACAUUUCUUCAGUAAAGAAGAUCAUUAAGCAGAUAAUCACCCACUCUAGUAAAGUCCUCCGGUUUCCAAAUCCAGAGGACAAAAAACUUGAAGAAAUAAUUGGUCAGAUUCUGAGUGUGGAAGCCACAAUUGCCCGAGCGAGGUCAUUGAAAGCAAAAUUUGGUGUUGAAAAGUGUGAUAAGGAAGAGGAACGGAAAGAUCUAGAAAGAUUUGUGAAUUCUUUUCUGGAACAGCCAGAAGUCUCAGUCAUUGGUGCGGGAAGAGGUCCUGCUGGGACUAUCAUUCACAAGCUUUUCAUGAGUGCACAGAGGCUGACUGAACCUACUGAGGAGACGGCUGCAAUGAUGCCCCUCGAUGAUGAACUCAAGAGAUCGGGCUCCAUGGAUGAGAAACGCAUGAAUUUGGGAUCAGCUGCGGACUUUCCUCUUCCAGCAGGGCGGGAGGUCAUUUUACGCACCACAAUCCCACGGCCGGCUCCUUACUCUAAAGCUCUGCCUCAGCGAAUGUACAGCGUUCUUACAAAAGAGGACUUCCGACUGGCUGGUGCCUUUUCAUCCGAUACUACGUUCUUCUAAUAUCAUCUAUCGAACUUGCGCCUUUUGGGAUGGCAUGCGAAGUAAUCCACCACCUGGCACUUGAUGGAAUUGUGUAUUUAUCCAGUCCUUUAAAGAUGAGGACACUCCUUCAGUAAAUCAGUGAUCAAGACAUUCUCAAGAUGAACAAAAAAUCCAAAACAUUUUUCUCAUAAGAUGUUUGUAAAAUUUUAAAGAGUACUUUGUUAGUGCCCAAUUUCUGUGGAAACUCCUUGUCUAGCUGAAAGUGUUACUGGGCUUUCCUAGGUUAAUAAACAAGAUUACUCAUAUUUAGCUUCUCAGUGUAGUCCAUCCAGUUCAGCAGAUCUAUUUACAGUGGUAAUCAAAAUAUCAGAACUAUAUAUGAAUAUUGUGUAAAAUCUAAAUAUGGUAAUAUUUGUAGAAUUCCAUGGCCUUUUUGUGAAUGCUUGUUCUGUUCAGUUUUAAACUUAACAUGGCCUAUAAUACUGCCACAAAUUGGUUCAAGCUGUUAAAACAUGUCUAUCCAACUUAAUAAAUACAAUCUUAUUUGUGGAUUUA